AUGGGGAUCUCAAUACUCAUUUUUUUCAUCAAAGCACUUUACUCCGCAGAAGCUGGAACAAAAUCCUUUCGGUUAAACAACCAUCUUGGCCAGUGGUUAACCACUGAGGCUUUGAUUGUCCAGCAUCUCAACAGUUAUUUUAGGGAUAUGUACACAGCCACACCAACUGACCAUGUCCAAAUAGUUCUGGAUUUCAUUGACCUGCUGGUCACUAAUGAGAUGAAUGCUUCUCUUAUGGCUACCAUCUCCCUAGAGGAGGUUAAAGCAGCAGUUUUUGAAUUGGGAGCUCUCAAAGCCCCCGACCCGGAUGGUUUCUCUGGUUCUUUCUACCAGACAUAUUGGAACAUUAUCAAGGAGGACAAUAUCUUGGUGGCCCAAGAGUUGUUCCACCAUCCCAAACUCUUGAAAUCCGGUACAGAAGGGGAAUUUGCUCUUAAACUCGACAUGAACAAGGCUUAUGACCGAGUGGAUUGGAAUUUUCUAGAGAUGGUGCUGUUUAAACUUGGGUUCCACCAUACCUGGGUUCGCCUUGUUAUGAAUUGUGUAACAUCGACUUCAAUGACUCUCCUUAUCAAUGGCUCUCCAGGCAGGAAAUUUAGACCGACAAGAGGUUUACGACAAUGUGACCAGCUCUCCCCCUUUCUCUUCCUGUUCAUCAAUGAUGUGUUAUCUACAAUGAUUAGAAAGAUAUAUAACGCAGGUCUUUUAGAUGCUAUCAAGCUUAACACUAACGACCCUUUGGUUAGCCACCUCUUUUUUGCCGAUGACUCAAUCUUCUUUCUCAAGGCCACUUUGUCCAAUUGUGAGGUUUUGUCUGACACAAUUCAUCAGUAUUGCUGUGCUUCGGGUCAAUCUAUCAACAAGCAAAAGUCCACUUUGUUCUUCAGCCACAACACCCAACCAGAGAUAGUUCAUCUAAUCAGUUCGGUUCUGGACAUGAAAUCGGUCCCAAAUCUGGGCCAUUACUUGGGUCUUCCUACUGUUUGGGGUAGAUCAAAGCUCUCUGCUUUGGCUUAUGUUAAAGAAAACAUCCUUCAGAAGAUAACAUGUUGA